AUGCAAUACUCAAAAGUCGCUAUCUUGUCCGCCGUUGCUGGUUCAGCCGUCGCUUCAUACAACUCAACUGUCACUGACAUUGCCACCACCGUUGUCACCAUCACUUCAUGUUCAGAAAACAAAUGUACUGAAGUCCCAGUCACCACUGGUUUGACCACCGUCACUGACGUUGACACCAUCUACACCACUUUCUGCCCAUUGUCAACCGAAGCCCCAGCUUCAUCUGCUCCAGUUUCCGAAGCUCCAUCAUCCAAGUCAACCGUUGCUGCUGAAUCAUCUGCUGCUCCAGGUGUCUCUUCUUUCGAAGCCGGUGCCGGUAAAUUGCAAGUCGGUGCUGCUUUGGUUGGUGCUGCUGCUUUGUUGUUGUAA